UUGAAGUAAUUAGUGUAUUUAAAGGGAAGUGGCCAUGCUGACAGCGUUUCCCAACCCAUAACCCAACCAAAUACAGUACAGUAUGACCCAACCCAUACCCGUUCUUCGACAGGUCAUUCAGUACAGCACCGUUUCCGUUCAAUUGAACGUUUCAGAACGUGAAAACGUACUGAACGCAUCCCUGCUGUUACAUUUGUUUGAGUGACAACAGGAAACGCCAAUGAAAUGAACACGUGGCAUCGCCUAUUGUCCAAUCACCUUAUUGGGAAAAGGGACUAUCUACCAUUGGCUACACGAACGACCUGGAUGUAAAACAAGCAAGAAGCGCAUUCGGAGAAAAAAAUGGGUUUAAUGUCUAUGAGGGGAAAAAAUCAUAAGAGCAUUCAGGCGCGUAGUUGUUUUCUGGAAGGACCUGAAAUAAAAAACAGUAUCUCUAUUCCUUAACUAUUGUGGAUGGUGGAAUGUCAAGUUUACAUUUGUAUCUACCGCAAUCAAAAUGAUCACUGAAGACUUUCGAUUUGCUGAAGUUUUCUCGUACGAAAGCUUGGUGCAUGCAAUGGCUGGAGCAGUGGGGAGUGUGACGGCAAUGACCGUUUUCUUCCCACUUGACACUGCAAGACUACGGCUGCAAGUGGAUGAGAACAGAAAAGCCAGGUCCACUCCUGCCAUUCUGUCAGAGAUUGUCAAGGAAGAGGGGUUGCUGGCGCCGUACAGGGGCUGGUUCCCAGUGAUCUGCAGUCUCUGUUGCUCCAACUUCGUCUACUUCUACUGCUUCCACAGCCUGAGAGCCAGCUGGCUCCGGGGACACAAGUCAACUCCAAGCAGAGACCUGCUAAUGGGCAUCGCUGCAGGUGUAGUGAACGUGCUUGUGACCACUCCGUUGUGGGUGGUCAACACACGACUCAAGCUUCAGGGAGCAAAGUUCCGCAAUGCAGACAUCCGUCCCACUAACUACUCAGGCAUCAUGGAUGGCUUUGUGCAGAUCAUUGAGGACGAAGGGGUGGGGGCCCUGUGGAACGGGACAUUCCCCUCUCUCCUGCUGGUGCUCAACCCGGCUGUCCAGUUCAUGAUCUAUGAGGGUCUGAAGAGGCAGCUGAGAAGCUUGGUUCACAAAGAGCUGUUGUCUCUGGAGGUAUUUCUGAUUGGUGCCAUAGCCAAAGCAGUGGCCACCACAGUCACAUACCCACUACAGACUGUACAGUCCAUCCUGAGGUUUGGUCAACACAAGCAUCACACAGACAGAUCACCGUUGCUGAACAGCCUGAGAAGUGUGAUGUAUCUGCUGAUCAAUAGAGUGAGGAAGUAUGGCAUGCUGGGCCUGUUCAAAGGCCUGGAAGCUAAACUCCUACAGACCGUCCUGACCGCUGCCCUCAUGUUCCUGCUCUACGAGAAGAUCGCCAGCCGCACCUUCAGGGUCAUGGGAGUGAAGAGGCCUGCGUCCAGCCACUAGCCUGUCUGUGACAUCAGACAUCCGAUCCCAUAUUGCUCCCUGUCCCCCCUUGGCCCUAACCCCUCAAUGUUGGCAUGUCUAAAGGAUCCAGAUAGAUAUAAGCAGUGUAGCUAGGGGUGAAUCUUCCACCAUAUUGCUUCCACCUUACAGAUAUUCAAGCAUCAAAAGGGUUAGGGCCAAAGGGAGGGGAAGGGAUCGAACUGAGACCAGCUGAGACUGUACCAGAGAUAUUAGAGAAAGGAUGAGAUAGGAGUCCCAUUGGGCAAUGAAUGGAGGAACGUAUAACGCUUCACCCAGCAGACUGUCGACCAAUCACUUGGCCCACGCGUGCAUUCUGGGUGAUUCUGGGACAAGGAGAGCUCUCCUUCAAGGAGUAAAUGGGAGUAAAUUGGGCGCUAUCUCAAAAACCCAUCAUUAGCAUGAAUAACCCUAACCCUUUUCCUAACCUUAACCUAAUUCUCCUAACCUGCUACGUUAAUUCUCCUAAUCUGCUGCGUAAAUUCUCCUAACCUGCAACGAAAAGCCAAAUCGGACUUUAAUUUGACAAAAGCUGGAUCCCUUCUAGCCAUGCCCGAGCUCUCCUUGUCCCAGGUUUUUUGUUUGUAUUUAUUUUCCUUUAACUGCCAUUUUUGUGGAAGUAGACACCACUUGUUUCUCAGACUCCUGUGAAUUUAAUCGUUUUGUACUAUGUUCUUCUAAGAUUAGCUGCUUAACUAAAUAUUUUGUGAUGCAUUGUUGCUCUUGUCAAAUCAAUGGGAAAUGUUUUCAUUGUGUCAUUAACUGUCUCUGACAAACGUAUAUAAUAAUUAAGGAAUGUAUUUUAAGUGCAUUUUUGUACAGUGCAAUGUGAUGGAUGGAUAAUUCACCAACAUUUCAGAUUCUCAGAAAGGUUGGUAGAAAUAAAAUGUUGCUGCUCAAAUAA